AUGACACGUCGGCGUCUGUGUAUGGCUUUUGUUUGCACUGUCUGUCUCUUCCCGCUCAUGCGCCUUAGCGCCGCUGUAUCCUUCACAGAAGGAGACAACGUGAAAUGCGAAGAAGUGAGCAUACCGUUUUGCAAGAUCUUUCUCCCGUAUAAUUACACCACAUUCCCGAAUCUCUUGAACCAUCGACGCCCACAAGACGCGGAAUCAGACUUCAGUCUGUUUCUCCCUCUUCUCAAGUACAAAUGCUCCGACUUGAUUGCUUUCUUUCUCUGCACCAUGUACUCACCCUACUGCGACGAAAAGUCGAAAAUCUUUCUCCCCCCGUGUCGCGAAAUCUGCGAGCAAUCUAAGCACGACUGCGACCCGACAUUGCAGAGUCUGAAUUUCGGCUGGCCGAGCGUUUUUGACUGCGCGCGACUGCCGCGAUACGGUCAAGAGGAUCCGGAGGAUUUAUGCGUAGGCGCAAACGACACGAGGCUCGUCGCCGGUGAUGUCGAUCUCGACCGCUAUUUGGACAAAAUCGACCUGUCCGGCUCGCCGUGGGGCAAUAUUCCUAACGUGACGAUUGUUAGACAGUCUCCGCGAGGCCGAGUGCAAGAGGAGCGUGAUCCGAAGUCGUGCCCGCCGCUGCUCGCUGUUCGCGAUGGAAACGACUCGGUUACGGGAUAUUCGUUUGGUGGGUUUUCCAGUUGUGGCAUACCGUGUCCUCCCUUGUCUGACGAGCUGCCCGACAACUGGUUCUUUACUAAACGUCAACGAGACGUUUUGGCACGACGGUGGAUAUUGGGAUGGUCGGCUGUCUGUUUGGUGGCCACCUUUUUGACAGUUUCGACAUUCCUUGCUGAUCAGCAGAGGUUCAAGUACCCGGAACGGCCUAUUGUGUUUCUCAGCUUUAGUUAUAUGAUCAUCUCUCUUAUAUAUCUCUCCGGGCAUGCAUCUCUAGAACGUGGCGGAGGCAGUGUGAUUGCUUGUAAUGCAAAGUAUGGAGUUCUGUACCAGCAUAUGAGUGGAAACAGCGUUGGUUGUGCUAUACAGUUUCUAGUUCUCUACUUUUUCGUGAUUGCUGCUGCUAUGUGGUGGGUUAUCUUGACUCUGACGUGGUUUCUUGCUGCUGGGCUGGCGUGGAGCAGUGAGGCCAUCGAGUCUAUCUCGCAAUAUUUCCAUCUGGUGUCAUGGAUCAUUCCUGCCGUACUGACUAUUGUUAUCUUGGCUUUGCAGAAGGUAGAUGGUGAUUAUCUGUCUGGGGUUUGCUUUGUUGGAGUUCAGGACCUUCAUUCGCAUAAUAUUUUUGUUCUGGGUCCUCUUCUGGUGUUUCUUCUCUUAGGAACGUUUUUCUUACUUGCUGGAUUUUAUUCUAUGUUUCGUAUCCGUUCUGUUAUGAAGCACAGAGUGUCACACGCGGAGAAAAGCAGGUUGGAAAAAUUCAUGAUGCGCAUCGGGAUUUUCUCUAUUCUCUACACGGUGCCCGCUGCAAUCGUCGUUGCCUGUUUGAUAUACGAGAGUGCUAACCGAAACGAAUGGCAGAGAACACAGACUAACUGUGCUCUCUAUUAUGACCAGAUCGACGAAUGUGUUGGACCGGAGCCCAAUUUUAAUGUGUUCAUGCUCAAGUACUUCAUGCAGGUCUUCGUUGGUAUCACGUCGGGAUUUUGGAUCUGCUCUAGAAAGACGUUCUCUUCCUGGAAGACGGGGAUACAGAGAUUGUGGAAAUUGAGAGAGCGAGGGAGAAGGCCAUCUAAAAACAGUUCGCAUCCAGAAUCAUACCGAUCCCGUAAUACAGAUGGUCUACCAGUUGCACAUGCACCGCCAAGUUCUGGUGCAGAUGAUGAUGCUGGUAAUCGACAAGAGAGCAAUGUUUAGAGUUCACCCCACCCGAUGGCUGCUUCCCUAGAACACAUGGAUGAUAGCCGUCUUAUGGUAUAUUGUAUCACUUGAGCAAAGUUAGUAACUUGUCUAGGAUUUUGGUAUAUAGGACAUGCUGCUUUGAAUAUACAGAAAUUGAUAGUUUUCCGCUCAUAGAUGUGUCUGUAUGCCUAUGAGCAAGAGCAUAUGCUCCUAGCUGCUAUGGGCACUGCAGAUCUCAAUAUUGCAACUGUAAGGUGUGUUUGCCAAGUACUUGUGGCUCCUUGUGUUUGUUUGAUAAUAUAAUGUACUAACAGUGUUAUUCUAACAAUCUGGCUUGAACUUGUCACUUCAACCUAA